GAUAAAGGGUUUGUCAAGUUUGCCAAAGUUAGAAAUACUAUUUCCGGUCUUGCAUUUAAAAAUAAAAUUUUUAUCAGAUGCAUUUUCAAGUGCCAUUUUUUUCUCUUCUCUUGAAAAUGAAUGUGUUGGAAAUGUAAUCAUGAACUUGAUUAAUAUUAAAAACUAAUUUUAUACACAAAAAACACAUGAAAACUGACUGUGAUCAAUGGGAAAGUUUUGAAAGUUUAAUGUGGUUUAUGUUUCCUGAAAAAUUACUUUUGGUGGGAUAAAUGUUUAAAAUAAAGAUUAUAACAAGGCCUGCAGAGCCACCCGCCCCCCCUUUAAAAGUAAUACAGAAAAGUGAGCUCUCUUUAUUGCCAGUUGCCCCUAAAGUUAAAGAAAAACAGUCUGAAACUGUAAUUCAAAUCUAUUCUUUUACAUCUAAUGUUAGUACAUAUAUACUAUAUCUGUUUUGAUUAAUGUCAUUACAAUUAUGGGCUAAUGUCAAUAAAGUAGAAACGCACAAAACCCACUUUAAGACUGAUUUUGUAAUUUUUCUUAAUAAAUACUUAAUAAAAUACACAGUAAAAUUAAUUUAUUAUUAAGGCAGUGUCCAGGGAUAAUGAGAGUUGCUGCAGAUGAAAUUAAGAAAAUUACUUCUGAUUUUAUUUUAGAAUUUUUUUUUUUUUUAGCAGGUUGGCACAUGUUCCUUAUAUGAUUUAUGUCGACUGUUUAAAUGAUGAUUUUAUAUUUACAAAUUAAUUUGGAAGUCUUAAUCAGUGUACUUCCGGUCUGUGAGCUGCUGAAUUGACGCGUGUCUGAACAUGCUCUCCGUAUCUACGAUCUCCGGUGGAACCCGCAGCACAACUCAGGCCGAUGUGGCAGACGGAGCGGUUCACACCUCGGCCCGUGCUCACUGCUGGUCCUCACUCGACCUCACUUUAACAUCUUACUAUCAAAAUUAGUUUUUUUUUUUUUAUUAUUAUUAUUUAUUUUUCUCUGGAGCCACUGGUCUUCCAUCAUUCCUAUCGGUAUGCAUCCAUAUUGGUGUGCGUGAAAGGGCAGCAUGCAUUCGGUCCAUGCAGGGAUGUGGGACCCCCGGCCCCAGUCUAAACAUGUCUCACCCCUCCCCUCCAACUUACGCGUCGCCCAUGUGACCACAGCCACUCCGGCAAAGCGUAUCACCUUCUACAAAAGCGGCGACAACCAGUUCGGGGGCGUCAGGAUGGCGAUCCACAAGCGCAGCUUCAAAUGUUUCGACGCCCUGCUGGACGACCUUUCCCAAAAGGUGCCCCUGCCGUUUGGUGUGAGGACUGUGACCACCCCCCGCGGCACCAACACCAUCAGACACCUGGAGCAGCUCCAGGAUGGCGGCUGCUACCUGUGCUCUGACCGACGCCACACGAAGCCAGUCAACAUGGAAGUGGCCACCAAACGUCCGAGCAUCUGGUACCAUCACAGCCGGAGGCCCCAUCGGCCCGAAACCUCAUCACCGCCCACCCACUUACCUUACAGGCAGCGACGGAUUCUCCUGGUGAAGAACAGCGAGCCGGGGAUGAGGAGGAGCGUGGUGCUGAGCAGGAGGUCGACCAGGAGCCUGAGGGCCUUUCUGGAUGAAGUGUCCGAGGUGAUGCAGUUUCACGUCCGCAAGCUCUACACUGCAGAGGGACGCAGGAUUGACAGCGUGCAGAGUCUGAUUACUUGCCCUGGCAUGUUGGUGUGUGCUGGCCGGGAGGCGUUCAGUCCAAUGCUGGUAAACUUUAUCAAGAAGAGCUCAGAGGAGAAACUGCCUGGUCUGGGCAACAGGUCCCCUAAUCUUGGCCCCAGGACUCCUGGAAAUGGGGCCCGAUCUCCUGCUACUCAAGCAACAAGAUCCCCACCUCAUGGAGCUCAGUCCAGAGCCAGCGAGUACAGCGAGGGACAUGAAAGCAAGAAAAAUGUUAACUUUGGUCUGGAAACCAAAAAGAGCAUCAUCCACCCUCGUUCUGAUUCCUCAAACCGCUCCACCCGCUUCUCUCUGUCCUCAGAGAAAUCAUAUGGCAAUGGUGUCAGUGCUUACUCGCAGGGUAGACCGGCUAUUAUGAAUGAUGACAUUGAAAAGCGUGUGCUCGUCAACAAAGAUGGCAGCCUCUCAGUAGAGAUGAAGGUGCGUUUUCGCCUCCACAACGACGAGACCCUGCAGUGGUCCACACAGAUUAAAAAAUCCCCAUCUCUGACCAAUGACUGUUCCCCCCUCAGCCAGGUCCAGCCCCAUUACCUGCAGCAGGGCCAGUCAGAAAGCUGUUCUGACCCCGAUUCUAUGUCAUUCGACCCAGAGGUCGUGGAUUAUUCCAACCCACCUCUGCAGCGUGCACUGGAGGCAAACCGCUGCCCCUGCUGCUACCAGAGACCCGAGCAGCACUACGACUUGUGGGAAAAUCCAGUACACCGCCGCAAACAGCCUCUUGUCCCACCCCCGCAUCCACAUACCUCUAGCCACACCCACACUAUGGUGAGACACACACACUCCUCGAGCUCUUCUUCAUCAUGUAACUCCAGGAGAGUGGUGCGCUGCCGAGCACAGCUCUCCAGCUGUGGCGGAGGCUCGGGUUCAGAGCAGAGCCAGGUGGUCCAGGAGGAGAUGUGUGUGACGGAGCAGGUCGAGCGCAGGGUAGCGGUGGAGCAGGAUGGAGACACGCAUGUAGAGGUAUGCAGGGUGAGUCGGUGCUGCAGCCGUAGCGAAGUGGUCUCCAUGGAUACCAGCCUACGACCGCUUAGCAGCAGAUCAGCCGAGGAUGAGCCAAUGAUGGAGGAAGAGCGUCCGGUGUCUGCAGUCAGCAGCUCCUCACGUGUCCUGCAAUCACUGAAAGAGGACCAGGAUGAUGAGGAUGACGACCUGCCGCCCAGCGCCUCUCAGUGUUGUCAUAGCAACGAACCAUCACCAUCCCCAACCUCCCAGAUUCUCCUGAACGACAAGCCAUCAAGCAACGUCUCUGCAGGUUCCCUCCACUCUACAGAACACAAGAAGCACAAGAACAGGGAGGAGAGGGGAAGCAGGACAGUGUCUGCUGCUUCUUCCUGUCACUGUGGAGCAGCCACACCACACUCCACAGCCGAACCCGAGGAGAUGGAUGAAGCUUCCAGCUCCAGGUCCAAAACGAGCAGAGCCUCUUGCAGGUCCAGCAAAGCCAAGAUCCCAGACUCAGAGGAAGAGGGGGCAGCAGAUGAUGAAGAUGAGGAGACGAACAGGGUUGGAAGUGGCUUGUCUGGUCAUACAGGACUUUCAGCCGGCUCUCAGAAGUCAGGCACAUCCGGUACGUGCUCUAAUUGUGGCUGCUGCAAACGUGGCGUCAGCUCUGAUUCCAAUAGCACAACAUCACAGAGGUCCCAUUGUUCCCACCGAGCCUCUCCAAGCCAUGCCUCACCUCUCCACAAGGAAAAAAACGCCUCUAAUGGCAGCAAUGAUGAUGGCUCGGAUGAUUCAGCUGUGUCAACACAAUCCAACAAGACCAACCUCACCAACAAUAGCCGCUUCUCUGCAAUAUCAAAUGUCCUGGAGGAGAGAGCUUCCAGUGCUAUGUCCAGAACAUCCAAUCCUGAGCAAGCGGUAAAAGAGGAAGAAAGGGCUCCGAGCGCCACCUCAGCAACAAGCCACAGGUCCAAUAGAUCACACAAGUCUGGCUGUAACGGUGGUGGGGAGGAGAGGAGCCUGAGCGCCAUGUCUGCUCAGUCCAACCUGUCCAGCAAGUCCAGGAAGUCUCACAAGUCCAACUGCAGUGGCACAGCUGAGGCACCUGACAUGACAACAAGAGAGGAAGCAGAGGGAGAGAACGCUGUAGAGAGACCAAUCAGCUCCUUGUCAGCCAAAUCUGGUGCUUCGGCAAAGACCAGUGCUUCAGGCAGGUCUCAUAAGUCCAACUGUCCAACCGCCUCCCCAACUGACAAUACAGCUGUGGAAGAUGACGACACAAACAAAAGAGCCCCCAGCAGCCUCUCUGUUAAGUCUAACGCUUCUGCCAAAUCUGGCAAAGCAGAAAGACCCGACAGUGCCCUGUCAGCUACAUCAGCUAAAUCAAACGUUACAGCAAAGUCCAGCACUUCUCAUAGAUCCACAUGCAGCCACUGUGUGAAAGCAGUAUCUCCAGAUGCUAACGUAGUCGAUGAACCCAUCGAAGAGACAGAACAGGAAGAGGGCGCAGAGGGGGAAGAGAGAGCAGCGAGUGCAAUGUCAGCCAAGUCCAAUCUGUCUGUCAAGUCUACCAAAUCCCAGAAAUCCACCAAAGCUUCGGAGAGGUCACAUUCUCCCAGGGCAGAAGCUGAAGGAGAGGGAGAAGACAGGGCAGCGAGUCAAAUGUCUGCCAGAUCAGUUAAAUCUAACAUGUCUGUUAAAUCGUCAAAGUCAUGCAAGUCUAACUGUAAUGGAGAUAAUGGAGAGGGAGAAGACAGGGCAGCGAGUCAAAUGUCUGCCAGAUCAGUUAAAUCUAACAUUUCUGUUAAGUCGUCAAAGUCAUGCAAGUCUAACUGUAAUGGAGAUAAUGGAGAUAAUGGAGAGGGAGAAGACAGGGCAGCGAGUCAAAUGUCUGCCAGAUCAGUUAAAUCUAACAUGUCUGUUAAGUCGUCAAAGUCAUGCAAGUCUAACUGUAAUGGAGAUGAAACUGCGGCAUCUCCAAGCUUAAAGGAAGCAGAGGAAAAAGAAGACGAGAUGGUAGAAGAGGAAACACAGCAGAGGCCAGAAAAUGCAAUGUCUGCUAAAUCAGAAAAAGAAGAAAGAGCAGCCAGUGCUGGAUCCUCUAGGUCUCAUAAAUCUAACUGUAACAGUAACACAGAACGGGCUGCCAGUUCUUUAUCUGGUAACUCAGCUUCCUCUGCAAAGUCUCACCAUACAAAGGCAGACGUGGAAGACAUGGCUGACAGAACCGCCAGCGCCAUGUCAGGGAAGUCACACACUUCUUCAAAGUCCGACAAGUCGGGUCGUACUGCAGCAUCUCCAAACAGAGAGGAGGAGCAAAGUGAAAGUCAAAAGCGGGCUGCGAGUGCCAUGUCUGUAAAGUCGAAAUCUUCAGUGAGGUCCAGCACUUCUCACAAGUCAACUUCUAGUAGGAAUCUCAAAUCUGCAUCACUAGGUCCUAAUGUUGUUACCAUCAAAACACCAGAAGGGGUUGAUGAAGAAGGAAAUGAGAGACCACCAAGCACUGCAUCAGUUAAAUCAGGAAAAUCUAACGUUUCAUCCGAUCAUAAUGGAGCAGCUGAUAUUGCUGUUAUUGAAACAGCAGAUGCAGAUGAAAAGAUUGUGGAAGACAGUGCGCCAAGAAGUAAAUCCUCUGAGCACUCUCUUGGCCAAAUGCUAUCACCCAAGAGGACACGUUCUCCAAGGACCCACUCACCUAAAGUUUCAGCUGCAUCCACCAGCAGUCCUCAACCCUCGGUGCAACAGCUGUUGCCGGGCCCCAGUGCUGCAGAGACAAGAGGGCCAAGUGCCUUGUCAGUUAAAUCCGCAACCUCUGCUAAAUCUGGCAGGUCCAAAUGUCGCUGUGGAGGAGCUUCAGCACAUGAAAAGGUGAAAAAAGAAAAGGAGGAGGAUCAGGAGGUGGAGAAAAAGGAGGACAAUGAGGAGCUUAAAAGUGAAGAGACUCCUGAGAAGGCUGCUAGCGUCAUAUCAUCCUCUUCCAAAAGACAGAGUAAGGAAUCAGAAGACACCGAGCAACCACUGAGUCGACAGUCAUCAGGGUCAGUCUCUCUUGGGUUGCCAGAAGACCAAGAUGCUGUCGACUCAGACAGCGGCAAGUCCAAUGUUUCCUUUUGCACAAACACUGGCAGCAAGGGCCGAGCAAAGACAGCAACUCCCAAUGUCGCCAAAAGCCCAGAGGAGUCCGCUAUAAAGGAAGACGUGGAGGAAACAGGGUCCAUCGUGUCUCAAAAGUCCAAGAGAAAUGGCAAUAAAAGCACUUCAUCUUACAAUCCUCCAGCUGUCGAUAUCCCCACCAUUGAAACUCCAGGAGCAGGUGAAGAUGAAGACAAAGAGGGUGGAGGGCAAAAAACAGAAAGAGCAGCCAGUGCAAUUUCAGCCAAAAGCAGCAGGUCACACAAGUCCUGUUCUAACUGUAGAGGCAAAGCAUCAGCUCAUAAAGAACAACAGGCAGGAAAAGACCUUGAAACGGAAAGUGUGAAGUCUGCUCCAACAACAAAAGCUAGCAAUCUGGAUGCCCCCGCCAGCAGAGCCUUGUCUGCAAUGUCAUCAGCAACUGCUAAAGUUCGGAGCAAAUCCCCUGCAAGUGCCAGCGCUAAAAAUGCCAGUGUAGCAAAAACAACUGUUGGAGAUGCAGCAAAUAAUGACACGGAAAAUGAGAACGCCAGUAGACCGGCAAGUAAGGCCAAAGGGAAAGACGAUGUCGCAGGCCAAAAGACAGCCAAGAGUCCAUGUUGCCUCAGGCCUGAGUCUGCAGCUUCGGCUCAAUCGGGGUCAAAAAUGAAAGCCUCAAAGCAAAGUAAAGGAGCGGAUUCAGUCAAAUCAGACUAUUUGAAGCCGAUCAGAAGUCACAAGGCCAAAUCUGAUAUAGAAAGCGACAAUGGCAGUGUCAAAACAUCCACGCCUCAAAAGAAAUCCUUCAGCCCCUGUCAUGUACACAGCUCCAGACCCAGCAGCAAAGUGGAGACAUGUAGUGAAAGCACUCUGUCUCACUCUCUGUCCGCCGCUGAUCUGCUAAAGGAAACCAUGGCUGCACGUCCGCAAAGCCAACAGUCGAAGGUCAGCAAAGCAAGCGACAAGGCCAGGAGUGAGAAGAGUGCAAAGUGUCAGGCAAUCAUGAACCAGAAGGAUCAGAAAGAAGAGCUAGAACUCACACCCGCCUGUCUCCCCAACGCCUCCCCCAAUGAGGUUGUGAGCGAUUGGCUGCGGAGCAUUCCUGCUAACAGUAGCAUGCUGGCACUCGGCGAUGAGCUGAUCGAAUGUGAGCAGGAGGCGGAGGUGGAAGAGAAACCUGGUGAGGAGGUAGCAGAGGAAGAGGAGAGUCCUGAGGAUGAGAAAGUGGACAAGGAGGAGAAAAGUGAGGCCGAAGAGGGAGCAGAGAAAGAGGGAGAGGCUGAAUGUGAUGCAGCGGAGGAGGAGCAGAGUUCGGAUCCAGCUCCAGGUGAUGCUGCGGAGGCUACCUCUCGCUCCAACGCUCUGCUGCUGAGUUCAGACUCUCUGCCCAAGAACUUGCAUUCUUCUGUAGCCGUGAUGAAAGUUCUUCUGAGCUCUUCUCUGGGUCGAUGUCGGAGCAUGCCGGAGGUGUCUCCAGUUUACGGUCGUAGACUGAGUGCAUCAGCCAGAGGGCUCUUGGACUGUUUGGCCCAGCUGCAGCUCAUUGAGCCUGCAGUGAGCCCUGCUAGUGACCAACAGAAAGACCGUAGCCAGCAGUAUGAAGACAUUAUGGCCAUCCUUCAAUCCCUCUGGCUCACAGAACCAAGGGAUAUUGAGACCAAGAAGGUCAAGGACGUUGGCACAGAGCAGGUGACGCCACCGAGGUCCUCAUCCGGGGUUGAUAUGAGCAGUGGCUCUGCUGGAUCGGGAAAGGAGAAUGGAAAUCAAGGUGAAGAUGAAACACCUCCAAAAGAGACAGAAUCUUUACAUGAAGAUGAGGGGGCGGAGAAGGUUGUGAAAGAGGAUGAGGAAGGAAACGCAGAGGCGGGAGAGAAGGAAACCGAGGCAGAACCCGAGGACGCAUCCACAGAGCAAGCAAUGACGGACGCAGCAGAGGAACAGGUGCAGAGUGAAGAACAAAGUGAGGUCCCUCCAAGUCUGGACAGCCCGAAAGCCACUGAGAACCCCUCAUCAUCGGACAAGAGCUCCGCCAACGACAGCUCCAAAUCCCCCACUGAUAAUGAGCACGAGACAAUAGAGGACUCCAGUUCAAGCACACCACCCACUGUCCUGCGUGCACCCUUGUCUAAAAGACUAUCCCAAGACCCCGAUCCAGUUUGGGUCCUGCACCUUUUGAAGAAGCUGGAGAAACAGUUCAUAAACCACUACAUUAACGCAAUGGCGGAGUUUAAGGUUCGCUGGGACCUUGACGACAGCCUCAUCCUGGACACGAUGAUCUCCGAGCUCAGGGACGAGGUGAGCCGGCGCAUCCAGAGCAGCGUCGAACGUGAGAUGAGGAAGAUCCAGAGUCGCGCUGGCAGAAGCGGGAGGUCGCCCCGGCCGCCACUAGGAGCAAAUCUCUCCAGGGAGUCCACCAUGACAGAUAAGAGGCGUCGACUGCUAAAGGUCAUGAAGAACCAAUCAGUGAAAACUGCUGACUCUCUCAGCGAUGAAGAAAUGGCGGGUGAGUUCAGUGACCAGCGAAGCGAGGACGAGUACUGCCCCUGCGAUGCUUGUGUCCUCAAGAAAAUGGCCGCCCGCCCUCUCAAAUUCAACCCGCUGGCGGCCGAAGCUCCAUUGAUGAUGGAGUUUGAUCUCCUUAAGAUACUUCAGCUGAAGAAAAGCCCGUUGCCUGCACCUGCAGUGGCGCUCCACUCCGCAGACGUGGAAUCUGACAGUAUGGUCAUGGACGAGGAGGCGAGGAAUUUGGAGGUGUUGCAGGAGGAAGAGGAGGAGGAUGAAACCAAAGAGGAUAUUAAACCUGAGAUUGUUUUAGAGGAGACGAUCCCAGAGGAGGACGAGGAGAUAGGACAAGAAGAAGAUGGGAGUGAGUCAGGAGAAGAGACGGAGCAGAAUAGUGAGGGUGAUGAGGAGCAGGAUGAGGGACAGACAGGUGAUGAAGAAAAUGGAGAAGAGGAGGCAUCAGUAAAUGGAGAGGAGGAGGAGGAGGAGGAAGAGGGGGAGGAAGAAUGCCAAUGCCAGUGUGCCAGACAUGAUGAGGAGAGUGACAACGCAGAAGAGGAAGAGGAGGCUGAGAAAACUACAGGAGAAGAUGAGACAGCAGAUGAUGAGGAGAAAGGAGAGGAGGAAGAGGGGGACAACGAGGGUGAGGCAGGAAGUGGGGAAGAAGAGAGUGACAAGGAGACAGUCAAAGAAGCAACAGAUGAAGGAGAGACCACUGAAAAUGGUGAGGGUGAGGAGGAGGAGGAGGAGGAUGGGGCAGAUGAGAAAGAGUGUGAGGUGUCUGAUCUUAAGCCUGAGGGGGAAGAAACCACCAGCAGGGAAAGUGAAGAAGAGGAGGAGACAAAUGCAGCAGAUGAAGAAUCAACACCGGCAGAGGAGCUUGUGGAGGGAAACGCCAGCGCAGAGGCAGAGGAUGACGAUGACGGAGAUGACGGCACCGGCGAAGAGGAGUCACAUGAAGACGGAAAGGGAGGAGAAAGUGAGCAGCAGGAAGGGCAGUCGUCGGAGGAGGAAAGAGCCUCACCGCCGGACCAGGAGGUGACUCCAACUGUCUGUGUGACCGAGGGAGAGGAGGCCGACGCCGAAGACUCAGACACAGACAAUAAACGUCCCAGUGACACCAGUGCAGAUGAAUCUGGACACGAGCGUGCUGGGACCACGGGAGACGAGGAGGAGAAAGAGGAAGGAGGAGAUGGAGAUGAGGUUGUGGAGGACGCUGUGGAGGAGUUCAAGCCUGAGGAAGAGGACGAGGAGAAGGAGGAUGGUGCUCUCCUGCACCAGUUCACCAGGACCUCUGUGGAGUCCCAGCCCGGUUCCUUGGAGGAAAUUAACAUGGGUUCAAACCAGAACCCUGUAAGGUCCAUAGAAGUGCCCAAAAUGGCUGCCGCUGUGUCCACCGGUGGUGGUACAACCCAGAAAAGGAGCCGGUCGCCGGGCAGGGUCAAACGCCGCAAACCCAAAGAGAGUGACGUCGAACUGGACAACUGUUAACUCGCACGGAAACAUAAAUCAUCUUGUGAAUUCAAGACUUCAAAAGGGUGCAAGACUCCCAGAAACCCUUGCUCUGUCAAUGACUACACAGGUAUAAUUAUGUAGGUUUAAGAAAAA